AUGUCUGAGGAUGGAGAUGAGGACAACUACAAUGAUGACGACUACAAUGAUGAUGACUACGACGAUGAUGAUGAGGAGGACGAUGACGGCAAUGACGAGGAUGAUGAUGACGAGGACUAUGUUCCUCCUCUCUGUCUACGUGCUGGUGCAGGCUGUAAGACAAACAUCAGGGUGGAGAAUCUCGAGUCGAUUGGCUUGGAUGACACCGUCCAUGACAUUCCGGACAUGGACAGCUGCUCUACACCACCACUGCCCGGGAAGGUGGAAGUGGACAAGGAGGACGUCAUCCUUGGAGAAAGAGUGUCCAUGGUGUACCAUGUGUGCCUUCAACAACUGGCUGAGUACCUCACCCUGCCAAUAUCACAUUGCCCAACUUCUCAGUGUGGUGUUCCAGGACCAUACCAUGUAAAGUGCAAGGAGAGAGGUACAGCCAUCAUUCUGGAAUGGAUCUGUGAAAAUGGUCACUGUGUCUGGCAGUGGAACUCACAGCCCAUGUUCAAGUUUGGGAUGCAGGCUGGGGACUUCAUGUUGGCAACCAACAUUCUGUUGUCUGGUAACAACUACGCGAAGACGGCCCUUUUGUUCCGGUUUUUGAACAUGGGUGUUGUAAAUCGAGCCACCUUUUUCCGCGUACAGGACUGGUACUGUGUGGAUGCUAUAAAAGAUUUCUGGCAAGUGAAGCGGGAGGAAGUUGUGUCCAGGCUGAAGUCAAAGGAGAGUGUCGUUCUUUUGGCUGAUGGCCGCAUGGACAGCCCUGGGUUUUGUGCUCAAUACUGCACAUACACUGUAAUGGACAAUGACAGCAAGGAGGUCGUGCAUGUUGAGAACAUCAACAAGAGAGAAACGCAGAGGGUGUCUGUAAGGAUGGAGAAGGAGGGCUUCAUGAGAAGUUUUGACACACUGUCAAAGGAAUUGAAGAUAGCGGAAAUUUGCACCGAUGCUCACUCUCAGAUAUCUGCACUUUUCAAUCCAAAACGUGGACAAUACAAGGACACCGGGGUGUUCCAUUCAUUGGACAUGUGGCAUGGGUCAAAAAACCUGGGAAAGAAGAUCCACGCUGCUGGCCAGCGUAAGGGUUGUUCCAUCCUACUGCAGUGGAUGAAGGACAUCUGCAACCAUUUUUGGUUCUGCUGCAAAACAGCUGAAAAUUACGACGAAUUCUUUGACCUUUGGAUUGCCCUUCUACACCAUGUGGCCAAUGAACAUGAGUGGGGUGUGGAUGAAUGUCUACACCGCUCCCCGGGUGAAUGUCUGCACGGCCCCUUGGGUGAUAGAAACAAGGACUGGGUGCUGAGGGGCUCUGAGGCACACAACGCCCUGGCAGAAAUCAUUCGCAACCAGCGCUGGCUACAGCAGGUACCAAAGUACCUGCACUUCAGGUCAACUGCUGAGUUGGAGUCUUUCAACAACCAUAUCUUGAUGUAUGCCAGCAAGCGCUUUUGCUUCACCCCUCCCGUGUACGAAGCCAGAAUCCUGCUUGCUGCCCUGGACUACAAUCACCAUGUGCACAGGCAACCCAAAAGAAGACCUGAUGGCUCACUACAAUGCCGAAAGUUGUACAACAAAAAGUCUGCCAUGUGGAGCUUGUACAUAAUGAAAGAGGACAAGGACUAUUGCUACAUUCCGGAACUCCAGAGAGCCAUCAUCGGAAAGCGUUUGUCAAUGGGCCGUGGUCUACCCCGUCGUUCACAAGACAGGCCCGAGGACCCACGCCGACAUGGACUACUAGCGGGUGUGCCAGCACCCACCAUGCAGGAGCUUCUGGACAAGCAAUCGUGUCGGGGUGCUGUAAUGCUGCAGUGAAGACUGUCAUAAUGCCUCCUCAGCAUCCCUACUGGUACAAGUCUCAGCCUCUGCCCUCCUCAGCAUCCCUACUGGUACAAGUCUCAGCCUCUGCCCUCCUCAGCAUCCCUACUGGUACAAGUCUCAGCCUCUGCCCUCCUCAGCAUCCCUACUGGUACAAGUCUCAGCCUCUGCCCUCCUCUGCAUACAUACUGUCAGCCCACUCACC